CUGUUGCUCUCCUCGCGCGCUAGCUGUCCGCCUCGCCUCGCGCUCACCUCGCCUGGUUUCCGACCCCCGCCAUGGAAGAGGCUGAGACGGACGCCACUGAAAACUGUCGCGCCUCCGAGGCCAAGCGAGCCUCUGCCAUGCCUCCGCCGCCGCCUCCCAUCUCUCCGCCGGCCCUCACCCCGGCGCCCGCGGCCGGUGAGGAGGGCCCGGCGUCCCUGACCGAGGCGGGCGCUCCCGGCUGCUCCCGCUCUCGGCCCCCGGAGCUGGAGCCCGAGCGCAGCCUGGGCCGUUUGAGGGGCCGCUUCGAGGACUACGACGAGGAGUUGGAGGAGGAUGAGGAGAUGGAGGAGGAAGAGGAGGAGGAGGAAGACAUGAGCCACUUCUCGCUGCGGCUGGAGUCGGGGCGGCCGGACUCCGAGGACGAGGAGGAGCGCCUGCUGAACCUUGCUGAACUGACCCCGUACAUCAUGUGUUCUAUUUGCAAGGGGUACUUAAUAGAUGCAACUACCAUUACAGAGUGUCUUCAUACCUUUUGUAAAAGCUGCAUUGUAAGACAUUUUUACUAUGGCAACAGAUGCCCAAAAUGCAACAUAGUUGUCCACCAGACCCAGCCUCUUUAUAAUAUAAGGUUGGACCGACAGUUACAAGACAUAGUGUACAAAUUAGUGAUCAAUCUAGAGGAAAGAGAAAAAAAGCAAAUGCAUGAUUUCUAUAAAGAAAGAGGUCUAGAAGUACCCAAACCUGCUUCUUUGUUUCUGUCUCAAUUAGCUGUUCCACAACCAGUCCCUUCAAACAAAGGAAAAACCAAGAAAGUCCUAGAGUCAGUGUUUCGUAUUCCACCUGAACUUGAUAUGUCUUUAUUACUAGAGUUCAUUGGUGCUAAUGAAGAUACAGGACACUUUAAGCAUUCACUGAGAUUUGAGCCAUUAGAAAAGAAGUUUGUGCGUGUUUCAGGAGAAGCAACUAUUGGGCAUGUAGAGAAAUUUCUUAGAAGAAAAAUGGGUCUUGAUCCAGCUUGUCAGGUAGAUAUCAUCUGUGGUGAUCACUUAUUGGAACGGUACCAAACUCUACGGGAAAUCCGGCGUGCAAUAGGUGAUGCAGCAAUGCAGGAUGGUCUGCUUGUUCUUCAUUACGGUCUUGUGGUUUCUCCUUUGAAAAUAACAUGAAGAAUUGAGGGUAUAUGAGGAAGAAAAUGCAGUAAGGAUGCUUCUGCAGGUCUGCAUCACACCAAAGAUUCUCAGAAACAUGUAGCCACCACUACUUUGUGCUGUUAAGAGCUAGCUUCUGAUUUUCCACACCAGAACCCUAGCAUUGUGUGUACAACUUGAAACAAUAGAAUGUAUUUACUACACUAGAGACUAUAUACAAAGCACUCAAAACUCAGGGGAAAAACUGAAAACACUGAAUUUUAAAAUUCCUUGUGAUUCCAAAUACGAGGAAGUUGCUGGUUGCUUCCCAUCUUUGAGGUAGGUUGGUCAUCUGGCAGCUAGGAUUCUGCCUUCCAGGCUGCAUGGGUCGGGCAGGUGUCCUUGCAGAGCAGCUUUGCUUUGAGUUCAAAGCCGGACUUUAAACCGCAGGGUGCACUCAGCACCAAAACUACUGUCCGUUACACAAUCCUGUCCUAUUCUAAACGUUAAAAACCAACAGUGAUCCUAUUAAAGCAGUGUUAUCCAGCUCUGAGACAGUGGAGAGACUGUCUCCUGUUGGGUACGGCUCUUAACAUCCCUAAAUAUGAGGUGCUUCUCUGUGAUGUUUUAUUUGCAUAGAUCAGUGCUACUGGGACAGGUGUCAGAUGGGUUCCCUCAGUGUGGCUGUUGAUAAUGGCACUUGUCAUGGCACUGCUUCUGAAAGUAGCAAAAAAUUUCAGGUGAAUUACCAGAAGUUUACAGAAUCCUUAUUGUUUCCUCAGUCACUUACCUUAACUGGUUCUAUGUUUAAUGUUUGUUUUCUCAUCACUGGGAUAAAGAAUGAGAGUCUGAGAACCUUGCUUUCAUGAAGUAAGGUCAUGAAAUUUAUAUUUUAAACUUAAUGUUUAAAAUUAAUUUUAAGCAUUAUUUUGCCUAAAAUUAGCAUCCUGAUGCUUUCUAGAAGAAAUAUUUUAUAGACUCUUAUUUCACAGCAAAAUUUCCAAACAGAAACUUAUAAGAUUGAACUUACAUUGGCAGAUGUUUUGUAAAAAAUUUAUGAAAUUGUGUGUGAAUCUCUUCUGACAUUUAAUAAAAUUUAUUUUAUCCAA